AUGACUCAGCCAACACCGCGAUCUGGACGUUCGCAGUGUUCACAGAUAGAAACAAGAACAACAAGAAUCAAUACCUCACUUUCGUACCUUUCGUUUUGCAUCGAACAAGCCUUACGUAUACGUAAAAUAAGGCCAAUCGACACCCGUAAUAAUAUUUUAUAUUCUAGGUCUCAACAGUAA